CCCCUCCCCUCCCCCCACCGAGUCACGUGGAACCGGAUCCCAACUCCGAGCUGGUAACCUUCGUGUCGCUGGCGUCCGCGUGAGUUGAAGCAGCAGGCACCUUGCCACACGCCCUGCAGAGACCUCACUGCUGCUCUGCACAUUUUAAAAGGCCGGGCCCCGUUCAGCGGCAGGGAGACACCGGCGGGCGGACAGCGAGAGACGGAGAGACGAGACGGCGGAGAGACAACGACGGGCACGGACACAGCGGCGAGAGAGAGACACGGAGACAGGCCGACCCGAUGGACCACUCGGGCCACUCGAUGGACCACUCCCACGGCGACCACGGAGCGGCGGUUGCCGCGGCGACGGCCGCGGCGACCACAGAUGUCGGCGGCCACGGCGUCCCCGCGGGAGCCGUGGACCACUCGGGCAUGGGCAUGGUGAUGACUUUCUACUUUGGCUACACCAACGUGAACGUCCUGUUCAGCGGCUGGCUUAUCAAUUCCGUGGGAGGCAUGGUUGGCAGCUGCUUAGCCGUCUUCCUGCUGGCUGCGGCCUACGAGGGGCUGAAGAUCUUCCGUGAGACGCUGCUCCGCAGAUCCCAGGUGAACGUCCGCUACAACAGCAUGCCGCUGCCGGGACAGCACGGGACCACUGUCAUGGAGACGCACAAGACCGUGGGGCAGCGGAUGUGCAGCCUGCCGCACGUGCUGCAGACGGCGCUGCACGUGCUGCAGGUGGUGCUCUCCUACUUCCUGAUGCUCGUCUUCAUGACCUACAACGGCUACCUGUGCGGCGCCGUGGCGCUGGGCGCUGGCGCCGGCUACUUCCUGUUCAGCUGGCGCAAGGCGGUGGUGGUGGACAUCACCGAGCACUGCCACUAGCGGAGCCGCGGCCCCCGCCUAGACCCCCGGUGGGCGCGGGGGCUGGCCGAGGACACGGGACCAUCGGCAGGAGGCCGCGCGGAGUCUCGGCCGGGGGCGGCGGCGGCGGCGGCGGGG